CCUCCCCACCCCGCCCCCGCACUGCUUCCAUUGAGUCUUAAAAGCAAGAAGUCUUUGGAGAUGAUUCCGAUAAUUUGAGUGCAUACCUGCUCAAGUUUGAGAACGAAUGCUCUGUGAGGUACCCGACAUGUGUUUCAGUGGUGAAUCUAUAAUGACUAAGGAUUUGACCUUUCCGGGCAUCUUGGUAUCUCUGCGAGGCUCCACAGAACUUCUUCCUCACAGCUCUGACUGAACUCGUAGAGGACCACUAAGCUCUGGUUGCUGUGAGAACAGGGUCUAUGCCCAGGGUGAUCAUGCCAACUGACUGGACUUCAACCCCAGAAGCUACAACCAUUGGUCCCAGAGGAUCCUGGGAGCUCCUGUGAGGUGUGGGAUAUGGAGCUGCUUCAGACUGUCCACAGCAGCUGAUCAGCUUUGCCCUGCGCUCUAGCAGGGGUGGGAUUUUGCCAGCUGCAGACAGUUUCUGGAUUAGUGUCCUUCAUGGAUGUGACUAUAGAUUUCAGCAGAGAGGAGUGGCAGCAUCUAGACCCUGCUCAAAGGAGUCUCUAUCGGGAUGUGAUGCAGGAGACCUACAGCCACCUGCGCUCAGUGGAGGAACUGCAGCAGAUUGGUGACCAGAAAAAGGCCUAUCAGCAAAUGGGACAUAAAUCAGGCAGCGAUAUGGUUUUCAUAAAGAAGACACUGGAUGCAGAGAGUCAGUAUGGAUACACGGGCAUCAGGAAGGUGAUCCAUGUGAACUCCUACAUCGUUCUCCCUCCCAAGAGGCCCUGUCCCCGGGACCCACCUGAGCAUGAGCUGAAGCAUAAUUUAGCUUUACAGACUCAUAAUGAACAUAAUGGGCCGAAGAGAAUUAAAAAGAUUACUGAAAUUGGUAAAAUUUCAUCCUAUAUCAACACUGAACAUAUUCUAACAGGAGAGAAAUUACGGGACCAUAAUCAAUAUGGAAAAGUCCUCAGUUAUGAACAAGUACCUUUUCAAUUUCAGAAAAUUCAUAUUGGGGAGAAACCAUAUGAAUGUGCUGAAUUUGGAAAGAUUUUUACCCAGAAGUCACAGCUCAGAGUACAUGUGAAGUCUCCUUUAGGAGAAAAACUCUAUGUGUGCGUUGACUGUGGGAAGGCAUGUUCUCAGAAGGCAGAGUUCCUCGCACAUCAAAAAACCCACACUAGAGAGAAGCCCUACAAAUGCAGCGACUGUGGAAAGUCCUUUUUCCAAGGAUCUUCUCUCUUCAGGCACCACCGGAUUCACACUGGAGAGAAGCUCUAUGAAUGUAGCAGUUGCGGGAAAGGCUUCUCUUACAACUCAGACCUCAGGGUACAUCAGAAGAUCCAUACAGGAGAGAAACGUCACAGCUGUGUCGACUGUGGCAAAGCCUUCACACAAAAGUCCACACUCAAGAUGCACCAGAAAAUCCACACCGGAGAGAGGGCCUAUGUCUGUAUUGAGUGUGGACAGGCUUUUAUCCAGAAGACCCACCUGGUCGCACACCGAAGAAUUCACACUGGAGAGAAGCCAUACAAGUGUGAUGGCUGUGGCAAAUCCUUCGUUUCCAAGUCCCAACUCCAGGUCCAUCAGCGAAUUCACUCCAGAGUGAGGCCCUGUGUAUCUCCCGACCGUGGGAAAGCCUUCAGCAGCAGUCCCAACCUCCUUACCCGUAAGAAAGUUCAAAUGAGAGAGAAGUCGUCCGUCUGUACUGAAUGCGGGAAGGCCUUUACCUACAGGUCAGAGCUAAUCAUUCAUCAGAGAACUCACACCGGGGAGAAGCCUUAUCAGUGCGGGGACUGUGGCAAAGCCUUCACCCAGAAGUCAGCCCUCACCGUGCACCGAAGAAUCCACACAGGAGAGAAGUCGUACGUGUGCGUGAAGUGCGGGCUGGCUUUCGUCCAGAAGGCGCACUUGGAUGCACAUCAGGUAAUUCACACCGGAGAAAAACCUUACCAAUGUGGUCACUGUGGGAAACUCUUCACUUCUAAGUCUCAGCUGCACGUGCACAAGCGGAUUCACACGGGGGAAAAACCGUACGUGUGCGAUAAAUGUGGGAAGGCCUUUGCCAACAGGUCCAAUCUCAUCACACAUCAUAAAACUCAUACAGGGGAGAAGUCCUAUGUCUGUUCAAGGUGUGGAAAAGCCUUCGCUCAGAGGUCAGACCUGGUUACACACCAGAGAAUUCAUACUGGAGAGAAGCCAUAUGGGUGCAGCACCUGCGGGAAAGCCUUUACGCAGAAGUCACACCUCAAUAUACACCAGAAGAUUCACACCGGGGAGAGACAGUAUGAAUGCCGAGACUGUGGGAAAGCCUUCAACCAGAAAUCGAUACUCAUCGUGCACCAGAAAAUCCACACGGGGGAGAAGCCCUACGUGUGUGCCGCCUGUGGGAGAGCUUUCAUCCGGAAGUCCAACUUCAUCACCCAUCAACGCAUCCAUACUGGCGAGAAACCUUACGGAUGCAGCGACUGCGGGAAGUCCUUUACCUCCAAGUCGCAGCUCCUGGUGCACCGGCCAAUCCAUACCGGCGAGAAACCUUACGUGUGUGCGGAGUGUGGGAAAGCCUUUAGCGGCAGGUCAAACCUCAGUAAGCACCAGAAGACCCACACCGGGGAGAAGCCCUAUGUGUGUUCGGAGUGUGGGAAGUCCUUCAGGCAGAAGUCAGAGUUGAUUACACACCACAGAAUCCACACGGGGGAGAAGCCUUACGAUUGCAGCGACUGCGGGAAAUCCUUCGCUAAGAAAUCCCAGCUCCAAGUGCAUCAGCGAAUCCACACCGGAGAGAAGCCUUACAGGUGUGCUGAGUGCGGGAAGGCCUUCACCGAUAGGUCCAAUCUGAAUAAACACCAAACAACACACACCGGAGAGAAACCUUACAAGUGUGUAGUCUGUGGGAAAGGCUUUGUGCAGAAGUCAGGGCUCAGCGUGCAUCAGAGUGUUCACACCUAAGCAGUAUGAGAAAGAACUCACCGAGGACCUGUCUUCCUGUCAUUACUGUCUCUGCGGAACAGACUAGUAUGUGUUUUAUUGUAAGUAAAAAUGCCAUGUAAUGGUGUCACACGUCACUGCUCAGAAAAGGAUCUCAGAGAAGGCACUGGAUGGGAUUGUGGGGCAGGACAUGUCUACUUGCCGAGAAGAAAUUGCAUCAAUUUGACACAUAGAAGCUUUCUCAUGGAAGAAAAAAAAAAAAAACCACAGUGGAACACUGUUAUCAAGUUCUUCACAAAAAAGAUCAUGUCAACUCAUGUUGAUGCAAAAAUCCUGUUGGUGGAGUAUGUAUACUGCCAACUAGUUUAAAUAUAAUGUGCACGACAGGGAUCAUCUUCUCUUCUGUCACUUGUGUGCUGCCGACAUUAACAGACCUGUGGGUGUGUCUGCAUUCUUGGUCAGAGCUAACAUAUCUGGCAUAUCCAGUCCUUCUGUUGAGAGACAUACACUACAGGCCUGGGUAUGGCAUUUCAUGCCAGUCAUUCCAGCCUUCGGGAAAAGCUGUGGCAAGAGAGUUAUCAUGAGUUCAAGGCUAGUCUGAGCUACAGGGUAAGACACUGUCUCAACAACAAGAAGAAGAAGGCCACAGAAAAGCCAUACCCUGACACAAACUUGAGAGUGUACGUGGACUCCCCGUCAUUUACAGCAGGACUAGUAACAGACUUUAUAAGCUACUAGUACUCUUUCUGUCAAAAACAACCAACACGUCUCCUACCUCAAGUAUCACGUCUUUUGAAUUUCCCUUACCCUCAGGAAGGCUUGAAGUAAAAAGGUUGAGAUCAUCUGGGUCAAAUUAAGACCCUUGUCCCAGUUUUCUGCCUCUUCAGUGAUCUCCUAAGUCAGCUCAUUAGAACAGCCCCAGGGUUGGGAUAGCUAAAUGCCUGCGUGUACAUAGGCUGAGCAGAGGCUGCCAUGCUCUCAGCGGCCAUUGGUUAGUGUGUCCUCAGCUAGGUGCGGCGCCUCAGUGAGAGCCCCUCUUUGGAAAUCACCUUGAUGUACAUUCAUAGGUAUAGUAAUGAGAUGCUAAACCGGGUUGAGUCCCUGGCUUACUGAGGAUGGGAGGAGGGGAGAAACACCAAGCAAUGCUGCCAUGGUUCUCAACCCCCCCUAACUCUGCGACCCUCUAAUACAGUUCCUCAUGCCGUGGU